GUGAAGCUGCUGUCUGAUGGGCUGGAGAGUCCACACUGUACACUGGAAACCCUCAGGCUGUCAGGUUGUGAGAUCACAGAGGAAGGUUGUGCUUCCCUGGCCUCAGCCCUGACCUCCAACCCCUCACAUCUGAGAGAGCUGGACCUGAGCUACAAUCAUUUAGGAGACUCAGGAGUGAAGCAGAAGGAUUCAUACUGGAAACUGGAAACUCUCAGGGUGGAGCCUGCUGGAGUCCGAUGGUUGAGACCAGGUCUGAGGAAGUAUUCCUGUGAACUCACAAUCGACACAAACACAGUAAACAGAGAGAUCAAACUGUCUGACAACAACAGGAAGGCGACACUUGUGAAGGAGGAUCAGUCAUAUCCUGAUCAUCCAGACAGGUUUGACUGCUGUCCUCAGCUGCUGUGUAGAGAUGGUCUGACUGGUCGCUGUUACUGGGAGGUCGAGUGGAGAGGAAGAGUUGAAAUAUCAGUGAGUUACAGAGGAAUCAGCAGGAGAGGAGACAGAGAAGACUGUAUAUUUGGAUUGAAUGCUCAGUCUUGGAAUCUGGUCUGCUCUGAUGAUGGUUACUCUGUCUGGCACAAUAAGAGUGCAAUUUCCCCUUCCUCCUCUUCCUCCUCCUCCUCCUCCUCUCCCCCCUCUGGUAGAGUAGCAGUGUAUGUGGACUGUCCUGCUGGCUCUCUGUCCUUCUACAGAGUCUCCUCUGACACACUGAUCCACCUCCACACCUUCAACACAUUCACUGAACCUCUUUAUCCUGGCUUUGCGUUCAGGGUCUCUUUAUGUUCCUCAGUGUCUCUGUGUUCUUUGUAGGAGGGAGAGUCUCCUCCUGUUAAGCCUAGUAUACACUGUACGAUUUUAGAAACUUUGUACACUGCACUUAAGAUUGCUUGAAAGCUCGAGGCAGGAAGAGGUGUCUUUGCUAGCCAUAAUGCUAACAAGUCAGAAAUGUGUUGCCUUGAUCAUCUGUGCCAUCCUGUGUGACAUAACUUCUAAAAAAAGAGUGGUCUGGUGUAUAUGACAGCC